AUGCAGUGUUAUACGGAGCUGCUCCCGCCUUCCGGUGUCACGCAUUCACUGUCAGCCUCGUUUACCUCUGCAAAGGCGGAGAACUUAAUUGUAGCUCGUACAUCAUUGCUUCAGGUCUUCCAGUACAAGCACCUCGACCAUGGCACCAAGCUCAUUCUGGUGGCCGAAUACAAUCUUGCUGGCACAGUGACGUCUCUUGGUAAAGUGAGAACUGCAGACUCGAAGAGCGGUGGGGAUGCUGUUCUUGUGGCUUUUCUAGACGCCAAGUUGAGUCUGAUCGAAUGGGACCCGACACUGCAUAGCAUAUCUACCUUGUCAAUACAUUACUAUGAGCAGCAUGAUAUCCAGUCCGCGCCAUGGCAGCCCGAUCUCGCUGAUUGUGUCAGUCGCUUGUCGAUUGAUCCUUCUAGUAGAUGUGCCGCAUACAAUUUUGGUGUCAGUAAUCUUGCCAUCAUUCCGUUCCACCAAACAGGUGACGAUUUGGCGAUGGACGAUUUUGAUGAUCUUGACCACGACGAGAAAGGGCACCAUACACCAACCAAAAACCCCGACGGCACUAUGAAUGGGCAUUCCAGUCCCUACAGCCCUUCCUUUGUCCUGCCUCUCACCGUCCUGGAUCCUGGCCUGUUUCAUCCAGUCGAUAUCGCUUUCCUCCACGAGUACCGCGAUCCAACCAUCGGUAUCGUCUAUUCGACCAUGGCCCGCUCCUCAAACAUGAGCGCGGAAAGACGCGAUGUAACGAUAUAUGCGGUAUAUGCACUCGACCUGGACCAAAAAGCCUCGACCACUCUCCAGUCGGUCCAAAAAUUACCCAAUGACAUUUACUGCAUUCUCGCUCUGCCGCCCCCAGUCGGUGGUGCUCUUCUAGUUGGUGGCAACGAAUUGAUUCAUGUGGAUCAGGGUGGAAAAGCAAGCGCCGUUGCUGUCAACGAAUUCGCAAAGGAUGCCUCCUCUUUCCCGAUGACGGACCAUUCGGAAUACAGACUGAAACUGGAGGGUUGCCGUAUUGAGCAUUUAGGCAACGCCGCUGGGGAUAUGUUGAUCAUCCUAUCUACAGGUGACCUUGUUUUACUCACUUUCAGAAUGGAUGGCCGUUCGGUGACUGGAAUAUCCCUUCGUCGUAUCGCCGAAGGACAGAUGCAAGGUCUCCAGCUAAAUGCCGCCUCAUGCACCGCAAACCUGGGACCAAGCUGCUUAUUCAUCGGCGGCGAAGACUGUGAUUCGGUGGUUGUCAGCCUUGCUAGAAAAUCGGGGCAGUUGAAGAGGGUGCAAUCUAGGAUAAAAUCCGAAACAGAUGGCUUUGAACCGGACGGAGAUGAAGACGAUUUAGAUGACGAGGAUGACCUCUAUGGAGAGAUUUAUUCCGGGGCAAAUGGACACAACUCGGCAGAUGCAAGCGGCCAAAACUUACGGGUUAUGGAUCGUCUACCAUCCAUAGCACCAAUCAACAGUUUCGCGCUUGGCUCGAAAAAGCGCAAACGAGACGACACGGAUACAAGUGAAGAAUCCCAAAGUCAACAGCAUGAACUUGCAGUGGCUUACGGAAAGGGGCAUGCUGGCGGCAUUGCCUUCUUGUCCAGACAGCUGACGCCCAAGGUGACAAAACGUUUCAAGUUUGAAGGUGCCAAUGGUCUGUGGUGUUUAGCGUCGAAACAAGCUCCGUCGGAAGGUGGCCAAACAUUAGACGAUCUCGUCAUUGUCUCGCAAUACACUAGCGAAGGUCUUGGGCUUUCUUCACUUUGCCGUCUGAACGGAGGUAAUCUUGAUCCGGUUCCAGACUCCGAAUUUGAUGAGAUGGCCGGCCCAACUGUCUCCAUUUCACAGCUGCAUACUUCGGGCCACACGAUCCAAGUGUUACCCACCGAGAUACGAGUCUAUGAUUCCAAGUUUGCGCUUUCCCAGAUCUUCCCCAUUGUGGACGAGGACGAUGGCCAGUUAGCGAAAGCCGUCAAGACCACCUUUGCCGAACCAUACCUUGCGGUUAUCCGAGAUGAUCGAGUGAUGACGCUACUCAAGGCGGACAAAGCUGGUGAGUUGGACGAAGUCGAGCUGCCAGAAAUGUUACAAGACAAGGCGGUACUUUCUGCGUCUCUGUAUCAAGACCACCACGACUUUUUCCAGACUUCAAGGUUCUACGACAAUGCAGGCUCACCUGGCCCGAUACUGUCGAUAUUCACGACAGACGGCCAUUUCUGCCUCCUAUCAUUACCGAACAUUAGCCUCCGGGUUUUCCAGUGCGAUAGUCUGCCGUUCCUACCCACCUAUCUGAUGCAAGAUUUGCAGAUCCCCAAGCACUGGCGAAACAAGGAUGAUAUAGGUGAAAUCUUGCUGGCGGACCUUGGAAACAUGACCGAUCGUCGACCUUUCCUGGCCGUACGAAACUUGACCGGAGAUGUUAUUCUCUACGAACCUUUUGCGAUUCCGGAUAUUGCUGGGAGCUUCAAGUUCAGAAAGGUCAUGACCAAGUCGGCGGAAGAUCUUGACGACCAGGGAGAGGAAGAGGGCGAAGAAUCCUCGCUAGGUCCAAUGCAAGUCGUUCCAAACGUAGGAAGCCGUGCCGCAAUAUUCGUACCGGGCGCUCAUUCCUGGAUCAUCCUGCGCGAAGCUUCAACACUGCCCCGUGUCUACGAGCUGAACCUUCCCGGAACCAACUCACUGGUUGGAGCACAUACACCCCUGUGCCCGCAAGGGUUGGCUUUCCUGGACGGCCAGCAACACGUCUGUUUCGGCCAACUUCCAGACUCAACGAUGAUCGGCCAAUCGGACUGGUCUGUAAACAGAGUCCCCCUCGGGCAAGACAUCAGUUCCAUCGCAUAUUUCGAACCCUCGGACUCUUAUGUCCUCGCCAUAAACUACGGGAUUGAUUUCCAACUACCUCAAGACGAUGAAUGGCAUCCGGAGUGGCAAACCGAAACCACGAGCUUCCUCCCGUCCUCCAUCCAGAGCAGCCUCAAGCUGAUGAGCUCAGUGAGCCACUCUAUCAUCAGCCAGUACCACUUCGACGCUUGUGAGAGGGUUCUUUGCGUCAAGACUCUCAAUUUGGAAAUUUCAGAGGAGACGCACGAGCGUAAAGACAUGAUCGUCGUCGGCACGGCCAUCGUCAAGGGCGAAAACGUCACGACACGGGGAAACAUCUACAUCUUCGACGUGGUCGACGUGGUCCCCGAACCAGGCGUGGCAGAGAGCGACCUGAAACUUAAACUGAUCACGAAGGAAGACGUCCGCGGAGCGGUCAGCGCCAUCUGCGACAUUGGCUCCCAAGGGUUCCUGCUGGCGGCACAGGGACAAAAGUGCAUGGUGCGGGGCCUCAAGGAAGACAUGUCGAUUCUCCCUGUUGCGUUUCUCGACAUGCGGUACUACGUGCACGUCGCGAAAGAACUGCGAGGGACAGGCCUGUGUAUCCUGGGAGACGCGUUUUCCGGGCUGUGGCUGACGGGAUACUCGGAGGAGCCGUACAAGCUGCAGAUCAUCGGCCGCGACCUGGAGAACCCGCCUGUCCUGGCGGCCGAGUUCCUCCCGGACGGCAAGCAACUGUUCAUCGUCUCGGCGGACGAAGACGGCACGUUGCGCGUCUUGCAGUACGACCCCGAGAACCCCAAGGCCGAGCGCGGCACAAAGUUGCUCUUGCGGAGCACGUUCAACGCAGGCACGCUGCCCACUCAGAUGUCUCUGCUUCCUCCCAGGACGACGGGCGCGGUUGUCGCGGGCGGCGACGCGGACAUGGACCUGGACGGCGGCGGACGGAUGGCGAACUUCAGCCGCAUCCUCGUGGCCACGCAGUCGGGGUCGCUGUGCAUGAUCACCCCGCUGCCGGAGUCGGCGUAUCGACGCCUGUCGACCCUCCAGAACACCCUGCUCGCAACGCUCGACUUUCAGCCGUGCAGCUUGAACCCUCGCGCCUACCGGAAGGUGGAGACCGACGGGAUCGGAGGCAGAGGCAUCAUCGACGGCAACUUGGUCAAGAGGUGGUGGGAGACGAGCACCCAGCAGAGAGUCGCCAGCGCCGACAAGGCCGGGGGGAGCGUGUGGGAGGUCCGCGCCGACAUGGAGCUCAUCAGCGGUGGUGAUUUGACAUUCUAG